CAGGGAAGCUUGACAGGAGCAAGGACCGGUUCAACUACAGGCUGAGCCGGUGCAGAAUGACUGUGGAGUGUGCUUUUGGCCGUUUGAAAGCCCGCUGGCGUUGUCUUUAUGGGAAGCUAGAUUUGGGGGAAAGCAGCAUCUCCGCUGUUAUAUCCGCGUGCUGUACCCUCCAUAAUAUUUGUGAAGGGAAGGGUGAAAGAUUCAGUGAGGAAUGGACCUCCGAGGUUCGAUGCCUAGAGGCUGAAUUUGCACAGCCAGAGAGCAGGGCUACUAGAGAGGCCCAGCAAAGGGCUUCAAGGGUUAGGGAUGCCUUAAGGGAGCAAUUUGAUGCUGAGAGCCAACAAUAAUGUUUGGUGCCUUUGCUGUGCUCGUUUUUCCCUUGGGGUACAGUAUUUACCACUUUCUGCAAUAAUAAAAACUAUUGUAAAAGCCAUGAAAUCCUUUAUUCAAAAUACAGUACAUAAAAGGGCAGGGGGGUAGGGUAGUGGACUGUACAUUCAGAGGUUUGAAUAUGUCCUGUUUGGAUUGCUGUUCAAUGUCUGCUGCACUUCAGGAUUCAUGUGCUGCAGCGUCAUGGGGGUGGAGUGCACAGGGUAAGGAUUGUAGUUAUCAGGGCUAGUAGGUGAUCGUACAGGUGUUGGGGGUAGCUGGGGGUAGUAAGAAACAGGCUGCUGGCGAAGGGUGUUUUGUGCAAAUACUGGGGAACAAGAAAGAGAGCUUUGGGAGGGGUGAGGGUUACCACGGUACAGAUCUGCCUGCAUGGCUGCGAGAGACUGGAAAGAGUCAGUUUGGCGAGCCAGGAGGCUUAUCAACUGCUUCGAGGUUUUUCUGAGUUCCUACCAUGUGCUUACUUUAUGUGAUUAGAAGUCCAAAGGUUGAGUGACAGGGAGCACUGCUGGGCAAAAUGUCUUUACUGAGUACUGGACAAAUGAAGAGAAAAUGGGAAGAAAGACUGAAGAAUGUUGAUGAACUAGCAUCUCGAUAUAAAAGAAAGCCACUUUGCCCUGUUUACAGGCCACAGCUGUCCAAAACAUGGCAACCGUGCUCUGUUUGGAAGCUGUUUCAUCGACAAGCUCAAGCUUUUAACUAUGCAAAAACCUGUAAGGAGGAUGUUCAUGUAUUUGCUUUGGAAAUGAACACAGAAGAUGGACAAAGGUAUUAUCUUGUGACAACAUAUACAGAGUUUUGGUUUUAUUACAACAAAGAACAGAAAACAAAUCUUAUGCAUUGCUAUGAAGUUAUUCCUGAAAAAGCUGUUUGCAAACUGUAUUUUGAUUUGGAGUUCUAUAAACCAGUGAAUCCUGAAGCUGAUGGCAAAAAGAUGAUUGCAAAGUUAAUUGAGCUUGUUAGUAAAAAGCUGGAAGAACUUUAUGGAGUUAAAUGUUCAAUUGAAGAUGUCUUGAACUUAGAUUCCAGUACUGAUGAAAAAUUUAGCCAUCACUUAAUAUUUCUGCUUUACAAGACAGCAUUUAAGGACAAUAUUCAUGUUGGUAAUUUUGUGAAAACAGUUUUGCAACCUGCUCUUGUUUUAACUGAAAAUAAAGCUGAUGCUCUGAUUCUGGAAGAAGGGGCGGACAGUGUUGCUUCCCAGUCUUCCAAAGCAACAGUUGAAAUAGAUGGUACUGUUGUAAACCUUGGUGCAGCGAAGGAGGCUUCUGGGAAAUGGCAAUCUAAUAUGCACAAAAUGCUGGAAAAUGGAAAACUGCAACAGAAAGAAAAUCUCGAUCUUUCCUUUCUAGUUGUGAAUGAUAAGGAGGGAGGCAAGCAACUUGUCAUCGAUCUGGGAGUUUAUACAAAGAAUAGAAAUUUCCGGCUGUAUAAGUCAUCAAAAGCAGGAAAGCAUGUGACUUUGAAAAUAGCUGAAGAUAACAAGUUUGUUCCUAAACCCCAAAAGAAUAUUUCUGUUGAGGAGCAAUAUUUCCUUUCCUCUUUGGUCUGUAAUAUUAGGUUCUCAGAAAUUGAAAGAGCCCUAACUUGUGACAGCCCAGAAGGGAAGGAAAAAAUGCCUAAACAAACAGACAAGAGAGUUGCCAGUAGCACUUCAGAUCCCAUAGAAGGAUAUCAAUAUUCACCCUAUCCAGAAAUUGAUUGUUUUGUCCUUUCUUUAGUUAAUAAAGAGGAUAAUCAUGGAGGGAUACGACGAUGGAAUUAUUUUUCCUUGGAAGAACUCCUUGUUUAUGACAUAUCCAGAUAUCGCUGGUGUAAAAAUAUUGGAAGAGCCCACAAAAGUAACAAUAUAAUGAUUCUGGUAGAUCUAAAAAAAGAAGUUUACUAUCAAAAAUGUUAUGACCCUGUCUGCAGAGCUAAAAACUUCAAAUCAGAAAGUAUUCCAUUACCUCCUGAGAUAUGCCUCCCUUUUCUUUUCAAAGAGGAAGAAUAUGUACUUUUAAUGGAUGAGUGGGGGAACAUAGAAGAAAAAGAAAAGUCACCUAACCUUACAGACUUCUCAGAAAGGACAUCAUUAAGGAUGCAUCAAGAAAAUACGGAGUCUCCUGACAAGCUCUGUUCAAAUACAGAAUGGGACAAUGUGACUGAUGAUGCUUAUUUUCUGGAAGCUAUUGAGGAUGCUGAACUUGCAGAAGCUGCAGACAAUAAUCUGACCAAGCAGAACUAUGACCUGGAAGAAAUACCUGAUGAGCUGCUCAUAGAGGUUUUAAGAAAACAAGAAGUUUGUGGUAACAAGGCAUACAACUAGCUGUCAGCUAAGAUCAGCAGUUUAGAUUAAUUAAGAUAUAGUUGAUUUAGCCAAAUUUUGUCAGAAGUCCUGUUUACACUGCCAAAAGAAACUGAUAGAACCAUGCCAGAAUCCUCUCUUUAUAUGAAGGUGCAUAGUAAACUUGCCAUUAGCUGUGUUUUUGUAAAUUGGGUUUACAUAGUUUAAGAGGAUACAACUUUUAAUUUUUGCUUUAAAUUCUAGCUUAGUCAGUGGUGGUUUUGCCACCUGCAGCGGUACAUAUGGCACAAAAGCCAUCCUCUCUUUGCAGAGGCCAAAGACUGAAUAGCUACAGAAACUGAACUAUCCUCUCACCCCUAGAAAUAGCUGCUGCUGCUGCUGGACAGGAAAGAAGCACCGUGGAAGACCCAAGUAGAUCAGUUUACCCUAGUGGUACCUGUGUUGUGCAGUGUUCUAAAGCUAAACACAGGCUAUCAAGCUCGUACUUCUCAGGAGCACUAAAUUCAAAAGGAUGCUAAGUAGACAGUGUUAACGCACUCAAGAAACUUCAUGGACAAUGAUUCAGUUAUAAUUCACUUACUGAGGGAUGAAGUGUGGUUAAAACAUGUUUCUUCCCAUAUGUCCAAAUGUUUAGGAUUUUGCCUACAGUCUGUACUGUACUUUACAAAGGGCAGGCACGCUCUCUUACUUAUAAGUGGGCCUGCCAAAAAUUUGUAUCUAAAGUAUGGAUUUACCUUUUGAGAAUUUCAUUAUGCUCACCUCCUUCUGUAUGACUUGUUAUAACUAAGCUGUUUUUAAAACUCCACAUACUAGUUUUAGAAAUAUUUUAUUCAGUACUCAUAAUGGUGCCAUAAUUUAUGGAAGCCACUGCUAAGAAUUGAGACAUGUCUAUUUGUAAGUUGCCUGUUACAAGCUUAUCUUUAUGCUACUUUAGUUGGAAUUACAACUGAUAUUUAGUGAAAAACCUGUUAUUGCUCAUUCUAAAGAAAAUGGCUACUCCUGUCACUUUGGUAUUUCCAAAUGAUUACUCUGGUAAUCCAAUAAUAAAAUCCUAUUAAUUUUAAAGCA